UUUUUGUUUUUGUUCUUUAUGUCUGCGUUCCCAGCACCUAGCAGAGUAGUCCUGGGGGGUGGUAGGCCUUCCAUAAAUGUUUAUUUCAGUGAAUGAAUGAAGAAAUGAGGAAAUGGUCCUGACCUCUUAUUUAAGUGUAUCUUUUUGCUGCAGUGAGAUCUCUGUGUAUUUCAAGAACUGUCAGGUUUGGGCAGUCCCAUAGCUGGUUGGCAUAUAGGUCAUGUGUACUCACAGGUUUUGUAAGGCUCACUGUUGAGUGUAUCAUCUUAAAACCCUUUGAGGCCAGGAGUCACAUCUCUUAUAUUUGGCCCCCCAUUCUUUGCAGAGUGGUCCGCUCACUGCCUGUUAGCUCCUACCGUCCUUAUGUGCAAAGAGCCUCUCUGGCCUUUUGGCAGAUUUGAAAUUUUCUUUCCUAAGAUGCACCUUCCUUGGUGUGAAAUGACUUCCUCAUAAAUGUGGUGGCUCACAGGAACUGGGGCAUGACUACUUUCCAAUAAUAACGCUUCUUAAAAUGCCCAUGGGACGUGGAGUAACUGAGUAGGCAGUGGGCUUAUCUCCGUCCGCUGGGCUGUGUGUCACCCACAACUGGGCAUCAAGUAGGAAACCGAUGGCUUGAGAGCUUUCUUUGUUUCUAGCAGUCAAAAUUUGGCUUGUUGUUAUUUUCUUAAAUGUUCCUUUUCUUUUGGAAGAGGACCUACCAGUAGCUUGUAUUAUACUAGGCCAUCUAUGAUGCCAUUCAAAACCUGGAUCAGAAGUUUGAUGUUAUUCACGAAAAGAUUUCAAAAAUCGACCGUUCUGUGACAUCAAUUUGGCUAAAUCACGUGUUAUAAAAAUAUUUUCACAACUAUGAUAAGCCUCUGGUUUGUAAAGAUGCCAAUCAGAAGCGAGAGAACUAAUAAGGGCCGAGCAUCACUUGCUGUAGCAGCAAAUGGGAAACUAAUCCUAUGUUGGAAAAAUGCUAAAGUUUAGGUUUGAGAAAUGUAUGGCAAUGGGUAUUUCUUUGUUUGUAAACUUACUAUAGAAAAGGAUCUUAAAAGAUCACAUUGAGGAGGGAUAAAACUAAUCAAAAUAGAGUAUCAGUCUUUCAUAAUAUAAAGCAAUGCUUCAUGGAAAAUAAGUUAUAAUACGUUUACUAUUUAUGUUAUUUCCUUUUCUACUCAUUCACAGUUGGUUUUUUAUGCUGGCUUUGUGUCAUUUCAGAAGUCACCUCAAGAUGCAUACACAUGUUCUAAUGGCCCGCUUUCCAAAAAGAUGAAACUGAAGAGAAGGGAAUCUAACAAUGGAGAUUCUUACCCUCAAAGUUGUUGCCACGUUUUGCCAGUAAGAAGGCAGGAAAAUGAUUUCAUUAGCAGCAUUGUGGGAACAUAUUUCCGCUCCAGUGGGUUCUGUGAGCAGGAUCUAGGGGUGAUCCACCUGGAGCUUAAAGACACACAGGAGGAGCAGGAGGAAGUGGAGUGGGAGCGGAAGUGGCUGCUGCGUUCAAACCAGAGCAGCCCCGCUCCCUCCGACAUUACCGCUGAUUCCUAUCAUUCGUGUCUAUGCCCGGAUGAUACACCAGAGGGCACCUGCUCCGGGCCCUGCUCUCCCGGCCAUGGGGCCCACAGCACCAAUAGUCUCUCCCCAUCUGCCGACUCUCCCACAGCGGUGUCUGCAGCCCAGCCGGCCCAAGCUACAGGUGCACCACCAGUUAGCGCUGGCUCGGAUAUGCUACAACGAAGCUUCUCUGAUGACCCUGAAUCUUGGUCCGUGGAAGAUGUGAUCCUUCUCCUGAAACAAAAAGAUCCUCAGAUAUCAGGCCUCCUCGCUGACAUCUUCAGGGAACAUGACAUUGAUGGGAAAGCUCUGCUACUCCUCAAGUUUGACGUGAUGAUAAGGUACAUGGGGCUGAAGCUGGGGACGGCCCUGAAGCUGUGCCACUACAUUGAAAAGCUUCAGGAGGAACAUCACCUCGACGACUGA